ACUAUCAUCUUCACCUACACAAAUUAAUACCGUUUCUAUUAUCAGUAGCUUUUUGAUAUGAGCAAUUUCAAAGCUGAUAAGAAGGUUUUUUGAUUGUAGUGCGGCUUUUUCAGUGGUGUAAACGGGGUGUUGCCAUCUGAUAAGCGUAAAUGUAUCGAAAUGUAUCUGAUAAGCUAUCAAUACACCUUUCGCAUUAAAAGCUUCCAGUGACACAGAGUGAACUGAACCUAAUACAGUGUUUAAAUUUUGUUUUAUUGUUAGAAAGGUGUAAUUUGAUCCUAGUCUAAAACUCCAGUCGAUUUUUUAGUGGAGAUCGUGAUCCCUUUAUUCUUGUAUACCAUUUUUCUAUUAUGUUCCAAGAUUUGUAUCCAGAAAAAUAUGAUACAGCAUAUUCGCCAUAGCUUUCUUAUCUAGUUACGAGUUGAAUUUCGAUAUCAAAAAAGUUUAUUUUUGUAAAAUUUCUGACAGUUCUAUCGGUCAGGUGAAACAAAGUGCGCGCGCUUCUUUUACGUGCUAACAUUGUGACUCACGAUAAAUUAACUUGAUUUUUACGAAUUUCGAAACGACUAAACAAAAUUCGAAACAAUGGAAUUAACACAAUGUUAUAGUAGUUUUUCAAAGAUUCAAACUGUUGCAAAAUGGGCUGCUGUUAUUGGUGGGAUUCAAGCAGUCAGUUGGAUUAUUUUAUCAAUAAUAUCAAUCUUAUUGUACCUGUGCAUCUUUAAUCUGGAUUCCUUAGUCAGCUAUGGAUCAAUCACAAAGUUUGUUCUCUACGAAAUGUACUUCAGAGGAAAUUGUGAAUUAGAUCCAAGUCCAGAUAUUAAUUUCGAGCAACUUAAAAGUGUCGACACAGUGUUAAACUCGUUUGGUGUACUUAUUUUUGCUUGUGUAUAUUUGGGAGUUUCUUUUGUUUGGGUUAUAAGUUCUAUUUUACUUUUAACACAUGUUAAGAAAGAUAACAUAAAUGUUACCAUAGCAGUUUUAUGCACCUGGUCAAGUGUCACAUUAAUAACCUGCGUCAUGGAUUUGGCUUUGGGAGUUAUGUUUGGUAUCGACUUUAGUCGUUAUCAGUGGAAAUCAUAUCAAUACAGCUUGGCUAGCUCACAAGCUGGUCCUGUUAAUCCGGACCUUAAUUUGGUGCAGCUAGUUUCAGCUGAAUAUUCUGCUAUCUUCAUGAUGGUUAUCUCGUUGAAAGGAUUCGUUUUAUGGUUGAUUAAUUUUGGCUUGAUGAUUUAUGUUUUUAUUGGAGCUCUUGUGGCAAGGGACACAGUGAAUGACUUCAUCAACCAUACAUUCAACAGCACGCACAUAACCCCCAUACACGCCUUCGAACCCCCAAAAGAAGAAACAACUGGUUUUGAUAAUGCUGCUUUUGUUGUAGAACACCGUCAGCAUAAAUCACCAGUUGAACUAAAUGAGGAAUCAAUUAAACGAGCUGCUCGCAUGUCUACGGAUAAUCUUCAAGAAAGACGUUUCCGUAACAUUGAUAGUUUUGAGCAAUAUCCCCCAGCAAAACCUCCACAAAUGCCACUACAACAUCCCGGACAAACGAUGAAUUUUGAACCACCAGUUCCAGCACCUGAUUAUACUCCACCAAUGCCAAGGUCGAAUCAAAACGGUCAAAUUCGGAAUACAAGAUAUCAAUAGCUGCCUUGGCGACACCAUCCUGAUUUUACAAUUACCAUAUAAUUCCAUAGUAUAACCUAAACCCUCUUCUCUUCCAUGCAAAUAACCCAUCACAGAAUUCUAAGUGCAUAUUUUUUUCAAUUUUAUUUAUAAACAACACACUUUAUAGUUAGACAA